CUUUGUGCUGCAUAAAACAUAAUCAUGACGCAGUAGGCUAUAAUCAGUCAUCUAUCUUUUAAUGCAAGUGCACGCUGCUGGGCAGCAAAGGGGGCAGUGGCACCUCAAGGUCUCCACGUGUACAUGUUGACUGAUGUCUGUUGUUUCUGCGUCACCCUCCAAGAGUGCAGCGGGCUUAUAAAGAGGAACUCACAUAGACUCUCAAACACACAAUCUUUUCCCUCCUCUGAGAAGAACAACAGAAAUUCACAGCCAAAAUGAGACUGUACCUCGUAGUUGCCAUGCUGGUGCUGGCUUUGGCCGCAUUCACACAGGCUCAGGAGGCGCAGGCGGCCGUCUCUGGGAUCACAGAGAUGGGCCAGAGCCUGGCAGACAAGGCCACGGCAACCUUUGAAGACAUCAGGACCAGCGACAUCAUAUCCAACUCACAGGCCUGGUUGGAGCAGCAGUUGGAAAAGGUGAAGCAGAAGAUCGGUGAAAUCACCCAGUAAAAUGGUCCCUGUCUCCAUCCGAAGACCCCCCCCCCCCCCCCCCCACCUCUGACCUCUUCACACAUUGCUCUGCUGACCAGACACAAUAUCUAUGUUGCCUCUCUGUAAAGAGAUGUUUGUUUUUUUUAUAAUUUCAAUGUAAUCUUUUUGAAGAACCACUGUGAAAACUUGCAAUAAAGACACUGGGGGAAAAAAUAAA